GAGAACAGGUCUUAAAGUUUUUGUAUUAUUGUUAAUUUUGACAAUUCUUUUUAGGUGUUUCCGACAAUUUCAAAUUUGUAUAAUUGUCGUUUAGUUUAUAAUUAAUAAUAGAAUAACAAUUACAUUAUGGUUCUAAGUAAAAUAAAUGGCGUGCUUAGAGAACUUGAAAGAGCCGAAUUAGAGGCAGAAGAUGGAGUCGUGAGUUCACAAGUUUAUACUCGAUUACUAGCAAUAUACCUAUAUCAAAAUGAAUUGUGUUAUGCCAAGUAUUUGUGGAAGAGAAUUCCAGAUAAUGUAAAAAGCAACAGUGCUGAAUUAUGUCAUGUUUGGACUGUUGGUCAGCAUAUGUGGAAAAGAGAUUGGCCUGCUGUUCAUGCUGCUCUUAAUGUAAAUUGGAGCGAAGACGUGAUUGAAGUCAUGAACGCUCUUAAAGAAAAUGUCCGUGAACGUGCCAUGGUACUUGUAUCGGAAGCAUAUUCAUCUUUGCAUGUGGAUGUCUUGGCUGGAAUGACGGGUCUUUCUGGAGAACAAACUCAGAAGGCAGCCCUUGAAAGAGGCUGGGCUGUAGAUGGAUCUAUGAUUCAACCUAGAAAACUCGACAGAGAACAAAGCACACCGGCACAAGAAGCUCUUACUGAAGAACAACUAUAUAAGCUGACACAAUUUGUAUCUUUUCUUGAGAACUAAACGACUAAAAUCAUUAAUUGAAAAAAGAAAUGUGUUUAAAAUUUAACAACAACGAUAAAUCACACAUCUAUAUUUUUAUGGUUUCAUGAAACAAAUUUAGAAGUUUUUCUAAUAUUUUUUCAUGUAAUUGUUAUUUUUAAGGAUGUU